AUCAACGACGCCUGCUACGCAAUACCACAACCCUCUGGCGAAACGAUCGAACCGCCAAUAUGUGGUCUCUGUCUCUCCUCUCCCUUGCCGCCCUGGUGAUCCCUUCACAGGCUUUGUACUUCUACAUUGACGGUGCGGCGCAGAAGUGUUUCUUCGAGGAGCUACCAAAGGACACACUGGUCGUUGGUCACUACGAGGCUUCAGUCUGGGACGACCAAGCAAAGUCCUACAUCGCAAAACCUGACGUCGGCGUCUUCAUCACCGUCGAGGAAGUUUUCGACAAUAACCACCGCGUCAUUGCCCAGAGGGGCUCCAGCAAAGGCCGCCUUACUUUCUCCGCCGCCGACUCGGGUGAGCACCGGCUCUGCUUCACACCUCAGAACGUAGCCUCCAGUGGAGGCUGGUUAGGCUCAUCGGGCAUUCACGGCACAGUCAAGUUCCAAUUGGACUUGGUCAUUGGCGAAACGAGCAAGAUUGAGAGCACGGACAAGGGCAAGAUUGAUGAUAUCGUACAGAAAGUGCGGGACUUGAAUGGCAGGUUGCAGGACAUUAGAAGGGAACAGGUGUUCCAAAGAGAACGUGAAGCCGAAUUCCGAGACCAAUCCGAAUCCACGAAUGCCCGCGUCGUCCGAUGGACUUUAAUCCAGCUUGCGAUUCUCGGCGUCACCUGCGCAUGGCAACUAUCACAUUUGCGCGCUUUCUUCAUCAAACAAAAACUUACCUGACGGGAUCGUUACCAGGGAGUCAAUACCAUGGUAAGGACUUGGACCAGGCAGUUUUGGUGCUCGGAUACUCUGUACUGUAGGCAUUGGCGUUUGAAACUUGGAAGGAAUUAGCGUUUGCAUUAGAAAUGAAGCAUAUUAUCACACCAGUUUGGGUUAAGCUAAUAGUGCUCGGUUAAUGAAGCAAAUGAAGUUAGAGACGCCUUUGAGGAUGCGGUGGCAUUUGGUCAGUUACGGAUCUUUAAGG